CAAUCUACCCACGGCACUAUAGGUAAAAUGGGUAGACCUAAACAGGUUUCACGGCCCUUCCAGAUGCUAUCCAUAGAUUUUUUAGGUCCACUGCCGACUAGUAGAAAGCAACAUAGUUACUUGUUAGUUGUAGUUUGCUGUUUUUCUAAAUACACUAUGUUGUUUCCUGUAAGGCGUGCAACCUCGGAAUCUGUCAUCCGGAUUUUGGAAAAUGAUGUUUUCCUAGUCCAUGGCAUACCGCAGUUUAUUCUCAUGGAUAAUGCUUCUUAUUUUAGUAGUAAUGAUUUAAACUCAUUUUUCAAUAAAUAUAAAAUACCUAACAUUCACUUCACACCUAAAUACACACCUCAAGUAAACACGGUGGAACGAUACAAUAAAACUGUUAUCACAAGCAUAGCAUCGUUCAUUGAAAAUGAUCAUAGAGCAUGGGAUGUUAACUUACCGAAAAUUCAGUUCGCUAUAAAUAGUUCCGUGAACGAAACUACUAACUACACCCCAAAUUUUUUAGUCUAUGGCAGAGAACUAGUAGCUUGUGGUUCUCACUAUACACACUCUGAUGAAGCUGACGAGAUUUCAUUUCUUCCUAGGGACAUUUACUGUGAAAAUAUAGGUCAUCUUGCAAAAAUAUUUAAUGACGUACAAAAAUCACUAUGGGAAGCUCAUGUUAAAAAUACUAAGCAAUAUAACCUGCGUAGGAAAGAAACUGAAUUUAACGUCAACGACAUAGUAUGGAAACGAACCUAUGUACAAAGUGAUAAGGAUCGUUACUUUAGUAAAAAACUAGCACCUAAAUUUGUUAAAUGUCGAAUAGUUGCUAAACUAUCUCCACUAGUGUACCAGCUACAGGAUAUGAACGGUCAAGAUCUUGGUACCUGGCAUGUAAAAGAUUUUAAAGCAUUUAAAAACCAAUUAAUAGUUUAGAAUUAAAACAAAAUGAUAAUAAAACAAACAAUUUUAAUUUAUUAGCACUAAUGGUAUAAAAUUAAUAAAUCAUGCAAGUAUCUUAAAUACACUACUCUACUAAUACUAACUUAAUUAGUUAUACAACAUUAUAACUAUACAAAUAUUUACACUUUACAUUAAUUACACAAAUUACACUUAAAACUAGUUAUGUAAAUAUUUACUCAACUUAUUACCAAACACACCUCAAACUUAAAAUUAAAUAAAUAAUAUAUUAUAAUUAAAUUAUGAAUAAUUGAUCCUAAGCCUUAAAUUAACUAAUUAUUGAAUUUACUAUUUACUUAUGAUACAACAAAGUACUUACCUGCUGAUUAUACUUUACCAUCCAUCCAACUUAUCGAUUGAAUAUUACAACAGCUACAUGUGCAAUAUUCUCUGAAUUACUGUCCUGAGUAGUUAUACUAAAUUAUUAUAAUAAUUACUCUGUAUGUUAGUGUCUUACGUCAUAACCAUUACAGACUAGAAGACAAUGUGAAAGAAAUUCUGGAAGAGAGGUAUGAAAGCGUGAUUGUGGAAGUAUGAAUGUGAGGACAGUGUUCUCGAAGAGUGGAGUCAGUCGGAUUUUUCGCAUUAGGUACGAAAAAUCCUACGUUUUUUGGCGGGGUACUGUAACGUUGUAACUUGUUCCCUAAAAAUUAAAUAAAUAUUUAACGCGGAACCCGCAAGUGCAGUGCGCGGACGGCUACCGAACCUACUCCUAGAAACUGGUUUUGCACACGGGCCGCGACGCGCGGCUGCCGGCGCGGCGCGCGCGCACUCACUCACUACACGGACUCGGCACCGACGUGUGCUAGUGCUCCAUAAGGACCCGCUGGGGUCCGCUGCAUAGGCACUGAACUCAACGGCCCUCCUUCUACCUGGUGCAACGCUCUAACGCCGAGGAGCUGCCUCUGGAGCACGUCGUUAACCUGCCUGACGGAACCCCAGAAGGCCACGGACUUCCUCCUGGAGCAGGCCAGUCUCGUUUGUCCUAACUCAUCUGCAGGGUGCGUGCGGUGGAAAAGACGAUUAAAGGCAGGAUCGACCCACACCCGGGACUUUUAUUUAACUAUUCCUGUGACGGCCUACCCCGUCACAGUGGCGCCCUUCCCGUGGUUCUUUAUCCACCAAUCCACCCUGUAGUCUUCUCACAACACUACAGAUUCCGCACCGUCAUUCUCAACAGUGUAAACGACGAGGUGUUGCAACAACGAACUGGUCCGCUGCAUAGGCACUGAACUCAACGGCCCUCCUUCUACCUGGUGCAACGCUCUAACGCCGAGGAGCUGCCUCUGGAGCACGUCGUUAACCUGCCUGACGGAACCCCAGAAGGCCACGGACUUCCUCCUGGAGCAGGCCAGUCUCGUUUGUCCUAACUCAUCUGCAGGGUGCGUGCGGUGGAAAAGACGAUUAAAGGCAGGAUCGACCCACACCCGGGACUUUUAUUUAACUAUUCCUGUGACGGCCUACCCCGUCACAGUGGCGCCCUUCCCGUGGUUCUUUAUCCACCAAUCCACCCUGUAGUCUUCUCACAACACUACAGAUUCCGCACCGUCAUUCUCAACAGUGUAAACGACGAGGUGUUGCAACAACGAACUGGUACGUACUCUCUAACGUAUUACGCUUAAGCUAUUUUGUGUUUUGCCUAUUUUCGAUUAUAAACUGUUACGUGCAUACCUAUACCUAUUUACUUGUGUUAAACUUACAAAAUAAGUCUUAUAAAUUGUUAAAUUGUCUCAGUUAUGCACCGUAUUGUAAUUUAACUGUAAUAACUACGUAACAGUUCGUAACUUACCUACCUAAUUGAUUGUGAUAGUUUUACCUUCUUUUUCUUGUGCAUUCGAUCUCACGCGCUGACCACCCGCCAUUAUAAAAUAAAAUUAUUGCUGUUACCCGCGCGGCGCUAAUUAUUGCCUAUUGCCACCGAGUCGUACGUAGUAAUUUUGUAAAAAACAGUUUACAGUAUUAUUAUUUGUCAGAAUAUUUUAUUAGACUAGUUUUAUUAUUCUUGUUUGCUUAUACCAUUAUUCAUUAAUGUCAUUUACGUAUUAAAAAUUGUAGUUAGCUCUUAAUUAUAUGCACUUACUGUUGAUUUUUUUUAAAUUUUUGUUGCGCUUUUGCUGUAUAUUUUUUUUGUAAAAAUGGGAACUCACCCUAUCAAAUAUUUUCUUUUAAACAAAAAUGAACUGUCUUACGAGGUCUUAAUAAGAGGUGCAGAACCAGCUUCUACGGUGAUCGAACUUAAAAAGCAAAUCGCUAAACUAACGCCUUCGCUACCAAGCACUGAUAUUUUGGAGUCAGGUCUAGAACCGGCCGACGAUCUUUCGGGAGCCGCUAUUUCUUUAAAAGAGCUUGCAACGCGUGUAAAACAGCUAGAGGAAAAAUAUGAUUAUAGUCUUCACGAACGAUCGCGCGCUUUAUGCUAUCAUAUCUACCAUAGGUUGAAACGCAUUGACGACUCGACGCCUAGCGCCACGGCCAAGGGAGUAAAUAAAGACUUCAACGACUUGUACAAUCGCUUAGCUACUAUACAACGUCCUAGUACCCCCACGCCGAGUACAUCUAGUGCAGGCCAACCUUUUUUCGAGAACACUACCUCGCCAGCUACGACAAUAAUAAAUUGUGACCAUCAGUUAGAUCGAAUUAGACCUAAAUUUAAUGGUGCAACUUGCGUCCGUGCAUUCCUUACGGAUGUAAAAGAAUACGCAUCUGUAAAGAAUAUAACAGCGGAUCGCCUAUUAGCUCAAGCGCCAUUAUUUUUCACGGGCAAUGCCAAGCAUUGGCACCGGAGCAUACGCGAUACAGUCAAAACUUGGGACGAGUUAGCUAAACUAUUACUUAGAGAUUUUACCAAGAAAGACUAUGACUACCGACUAUUAGCUGAAAUCCGUAGCCGAACGCAGGGUGAAUCGGAAGAUAUAAUUAUAUACUUCUCCAUAAUGGCUGACUAUUUUUCUAGACUUAUAAAGCCUUUGUCAGAACAGGACAAACUUGAAAUCUUACUACAUAACAUACGGCCGUGUUACGCCAACGUUUUAGCAGCUAACCCAGACAGUUUAAAUUCGGUCGAAAAGUUACGUACCUUGUGCUUAAACUACGAAAGCGUACAUGGAAUGACAGCUCAAUAUAGGGAUCCACCGCGUGUAACUCCUAAUACACUAGCUCCUGACCUAGCUUUUGAACCUAAAUCUAACCAAAACUCAAAUAAACAUUUUAACACACACAAACCUUUUGGCUCUAAAUUCAAUCACAACUACACAAAAAAAUACUACACAACUAAAAAUGAAAAUAAUACGCAACCAAAGUCCGUUAAUGCCGUUGCAGAGGUCUCUAAACCUACACGUUUAUCAUGUCCUAGGUGUCGAACUAAUGACCACACCCUAAGCCAGUGUAAGAUGGAACGGUUUCCCAUUUGUUUUAAAUGUGGAAAGCAGGGAGUUAAGUUUCCUGACUGCACUGAUUGCCUAGCUAUAGGGAAAUCUAAUUCUAAAAAUAAGUCAAAAAACUAGCUGUGCAAGAUUGCUGCAAUUCGAGCGCCUUACCUACUCGUAAACAUAAAAACUAUAACGAACAAGAGUGGAAGGAUUGGUUAACUAAAAUUAACAUAUUUUUUUCUAGCUACUCAAUUGCAUCAAUCUUGGACAAAAAACCUAAUAACGACAUUCGCCCUUAUGCAACUGUAUAUAUAGGCGACAUCUCCUUGCGUGGUUUAUUGGACUCUGGGUCCGCUAUUACAAUUUUGGGCAAAGACUCUUAUUUAAGAUUAUUAGAACUAGGGCUAACUCUAAUACCGGACGAUAACUCUAAAUUAUUCACUGCAGCCGGUGGCCAAAAUUUAAAGUCUAUUGGUUACAUCUAUUUACCUA